CCCGAAUCCCUCUUCAACCUUCUACUUUCUGGAGGGGCACCUUCAACCAGUUCCGCGGUGCACUGGCAGUGGCUUUUCUUUGUUGUAGAGUGGAAAUAACUCCGAAACACAGACAUUAUGUCCUUUCUCUCAGUCAGCAGGCUAGCGCCCAAACUUCUCAGUUCAAAGAAUGCCACUUUGUUGUUUGUGGCUGCCAGAAAUGCAAGCGCAUCCACAACAAAUCUAAAGGAUGUUCUGGCAGACCUCAUCCCAAAAGAACAAACUAGGAUCAAGAACUUUAAACAACAGUAUGGCAAAACCAACAUAGGCCAGAUUACUGUAGAUAUGGUCUAUGGAGGCAUGAGGGGGAUGAAGGGUCUGGUCUAUGAAACUUCUGUGUUGGAUCCUGACGAGGGAAUCCGCUUCAGGGGAUACAGCAUUCCAGAGUGUCAGAAGUUGUUGCCCAAAGCUCCAGGAGGUGAGGAGCCUCUGCCUGAGGGUCUCUUCUGGCUGCUGGUCACAGGACAGGUCCCCAGUGAGGAGCAGGUCAACUGGGUGUCCAAAGAGUGGGCAAAGAGAGCAGCACUCCCCUCCCACGUUGUCACCAUGCUGGAUAACUUCCCCACAAACCUGCACCCCAUGUCUCAGUUCAGUGCUGCGAUCACAGCUCUGAACAGUGAGAGCAGCUUUGCACGGGCCUAUUCUGAGGGAGUCCAUAAGUCCAAGUACUGGGAGUACGUCUAUGAAGACUCCAUGGAUUUGAUUGCCAAGCUGCCCUGCAUUGCUGCCAAGAUCUACCGCAACUUAUACCGCGAAGGCAGCAGCAUCGGAGCCAUCGACUCCAACCUGGACUGGUCCCAUAACUUCACCAACAUGCUGGGCUACAAUGAUGCAAAGUUCACUGAGCUGAUGAGGCUCUACCUCACCAUCCACAGUGACCAUGAAGGCGGCAAUGUCAGUGCACACACAAGCCACCUCGUAGGCAGCGCCCUGUCUGAUCCCUAUCUGUCCUUCAGCGCCGCCAUGAAUGGUCUGGCCGGUCCUCUCCACGGGUUGGCCAAUCAGGAGGUGCUGGUGUGGCUGACCGCCCUGCAGAAGGAGCUGGGCGGGGAGGUUUCUGAUGAAAGGAUGAGGGACUACAUCUGGAACACCCUCAAAUCUGGACGGGUGGUGCCGGGCUAUGGCCAUGCUGUCCUGAGAAAGACCGACCCGCGUUACACUUGUCAGCGCGAGUUUGCCCUGAAACAUCUGCCCAAUGACCCCAUGUUUAAACUGGUUGCCCAGCUUUACAAGAUUGUGCCCAAUGUCCUGCUGGAACAGGGGAAGGCGAAGAACCCCUGGCCCAACGUGGACGCUCACAGCGGUGUUCUUCUGCAGUACUAUGGAAUGACGGAGAUGAACUACUACACUGUCCUUUUUGGCGUGUCUCGCGCCCUCGGCGUCCUGGCCCAGCUCGUGUGGAGUAGGGCGCUGGGCUUCCCUCUGGAGCGUCCCAAGUCCAUGAGCACGGACGGAUUGAUGUCUCUGGUUGGAUCCAAGUCUGGUUGAGAGGAGCUGGGCGUUUAGUGAGAAGGGUAGGAAGGUUCAGAAACAUCAGAAGGCAGACAUCAGUUGACCCAACGUCGUUUUCCAACCCAAGGGAUUUAACGGGAUUCAGUAUGCUUUUAAUGCUAUUUCACUUAAGAAGGGCCUUUUAAUUUGUCACACCGUUAGCGAUGAAACGUUUAAGUGAGCCGCUGACGAGAUUUCCUGUUGUAUCUGCACAUUUAAUACAAGAAUGGAGCAAACUUCAAACACAGACAUUCAACCUUGGAUAGGCUCAAGCUACGUCUGCUUGAGUGUUUCCCAUCAAACAUUGACUUAUGAGUAAGCAGAGAGGUAUUCAAAGGGAAUCAUGGAAGUAAACUAAAUGCCAUUUAAAAAAAAAAAAAAAAAAAGGCUUAAUUGGAAUAUACUAAACAUUUGCUGCUUUUAGCCAACUAUUCUUUUUCUUCUGGAGUAAAAGUCCGGGGGAAAAAAAAAUUAACUUAUGUUUCUUCUAUGCAAUCAAAUCUCAUCUGUUUAUUUCACUCCCACUUACUAACACUCCAGCUAAAAAAAACAAGGUCCUGAUUAGUAAAACAGUGUGCAA